UCCGUUACAAUGGGCUGUCAGUGGUGUACCUGCUGUUCCUUCUGUCCGCUCCUCUGGUGCCCAGUCCAAACGUGGCUACUACAAAGGGUAAGAGUGUGAGGUUUCUUCACACUGUGUGCUCGACCGCUGUCAUGUUUCUGGCUCUUCAGUGUGGGAUGCAAAUCCCCUUCACUUAUAUUCAGAAACAUGUGAGUGGACCCUGGGACAAUGUGUUCUUCCACCUCGGUGUUGUCAGGUUCAGUGAUGUGGACGCACGCAACAUCAUACGCCUGCUGAUGCCGGAUGUCACCGUGUUCUCGUCUACACUCUUCAUUCUGCGUCUGUGUUCAUCCAAACAGUCCCGUGACACGAAGAGCGCCGAGCAGCCGAUGUCUGACAGCGAGGGUUCAGAUGAAGACACGUCGGACUCAGAGUCUGAAGACGAGAGCAGAACGUCAGAGAGUAGCGAUGAGAAGAAGGAUCCAGCAGCGCCCUCCUCUCCGCCUCUCCUGCAGAAGAUCUCUGUGUUCCUGAGCAAUCUGAGACUUCUGGUGUCUUCUCUCAUGAACACGGCAGGGAAAGUGUUGGUCACGGUGCUGUUGGGUCUGUCAGGUGUCAUUCUGCCUUCGCUGACGUCGGCGCUGUAUUUCGGGGUGUUCGUGUGUCUGGUGUGGUGCUGGGUUCUGGCCUUCAGUGUUCCUCUGCUCUACUUCAGCUCUCUGUGUGUCAUGAUGACCAUCUUCAGCGGAGGACACGUUCUCAUCCUUUAUCUCUAUCAGCUGCCUCUCAUCCAGCACACCGUUCCUCCUCAAGACGUCUUUGCCAGAUUGUUCGGUUUGACAGCACUCGUCCACACAAACGUGUCUGAUCCUUAUGUUCUGGCUCUUCAUGAGGACGGCAGCUGGCCGGCGAUGCUUAAUCCACUUCUGCUCCUCAUUCUCUACUUCACACUCAUGGCUUUACUGCACCGCUGGACUUCAGCUGAGCCUGUGGUGGUGGUGAUGUGGAGGAGGAACACAUGGGAAGAUGAAGUCUCUCUGAUGUUAGAAGAACACCACUCAGCUCACUUAUCUUACGAUGACGAGAAGGUCAGCACAGCAGAUGAUGACGAUGAUGAUGAUGAAUGUGAGUCCAGCGCUGCCGUUCUGCUCGGACACUUCAUCAUGAAACAGAGUUACAUCAUCGCUCUCAUCAUCAUGAUGGUGUGGAGCAUCACGUAUAAGUCCUGGCUCACAUUAGUGUUAUUGGUGUGGUCGUGUGUGAUCUGGAUGCUGAAGAAUCGUCGGAGGUUCGCGAUGCUCAGCGCUCCGUUCCUGGCCGUGUACGGCACAUUUCUGCUGGUUAUCGCCUUCAUCAGUGAACUUCAUCUUAACCAGAAUCACCUUUUCCCCGUCUUACCAAAACUUGUUCUGAUGGAUUUUGAUGUCUACGGUUAUCCAGUGCCCUGCGUGCACCUCAUCACAAAGGGGUUUUACGCGUUUACGUUCUGGAUGCUACUUCAUCAACACUUGAAAGAGAAAAAGGAAGGACGUCAGCAGAAGAGUGAAGAGUGUUUAACAGAGAUCAAAGUUCAAGCGUGUAAGAAUAAUCCUUCUUCAGAUAUGAUGACAGUGUUGGGAUUGUUGAUCAAAGGAACGCUGGUGAAGUACUGGAUCUUCUGCUGUUGUUUCAUGUUCUUCAUCAUCAGUUUCUCAGAUAAAGUGGCCGUUUAUAAAAUCCUCUACAUCUGUUUAUUUCUCUUCUGUGUGGUUUUAUAUGAGGUCCAGUAUGAGAUGUGGAGGAGAGUGCUGAAACAUUUCUGGAUGGUUGUGGUGGCGUAUUCCAUGACGGUGUUGAUCUUGAUCUACGUCUAUCAGUUUAAAAGUGUUUGCAGUCUCUUUCAGCAGAUCUUUGGAGUGUCGGAGGAGAGGUUGAGAGAUUUUGGCUUGGAACAGUUUGACGUGGUUGAACUCUUCGCUCGGAUUUUACUGCCAGCCUCAUUUCUCCUGGCCUGCAUCCUUCAACUGCAUUACUUCAACAGCCACUUUCUCAUUCUAACUGAUCUGAAGACGGUACCGCCGGCCAGCACCACAAACAGAGAAGAUGAGCUGAGAAAAACACUGAAAAGUAUUUUUGACGUCAUAAACAAAAACAUGGAGACGUUAAAAGAUCGACUGACGCAGGAGAAGCUGAGCACUGAAUCUACUGAACACAUCAACAGUCUGUCUUCAUCUAUAGACAGAAAUCAUGGCACGGAUUCAAAUGAUGAUGAUGAUGAUGACGUGGCAGUGAAGCAGUGGAUGGUGGCGGUGGAGCGGCUUCAUGUCUUUGUUCUGCGAGGUGUUCUGUGUUUGUGGAGAUGUCAGGAGCUGUGCUGGACAAUACUGGAGAUUCACAGCUUUAAACUGGUUUCUGCUGGUGUCAUGUGGGUGUGUGUGCAGGAGGUGUGUCUGAUGAACUUCUUGUUCUUGGUGUUAUGGGCGUUUGCUCUGCCGUUUCCGAGGCUGCGACCUUUGACCCUCAGCGUGUCGUCUGUGUGGGCGUGUGUGAUGGUGGUGUGUAAGAUGAUGUAUCAGCUGAAAUUCAUCAAACCUUCAGUGUAUUCCUCAAACUGCAGCGCUGCUCUACGGCAGUCGUCUAAUGUGAGUUGGGUUGAUGGUAAGACGUCUGAGCUCUUGAGAAUCUCUGGACUCUAUGCAGCACCAGUAGAUCCAGGACUGUGGAUUGGUGGAUUGAGAAAGUGUGAGGAUCGUGUCCUGCCCUGUCUCUGGAAUCACCUGUUUAUUUUAGGUCUGCUUGUGUUUGAAGUGACCGUUCAUCGUCAUCAGUUACAUCAUCAUCUUCAGAACGGCUUUAAAGCAGCGUCAUACAGCAGCGCUCUGAUCCAGGGUGUGACACGCCAACAUCUGGACCACAGCAUUCUGUCCUGUCUCAAAUACUUUACCAACUACUUCUUCUACAAGUUUGGUUUGGAGGUGUGUUUUGUGGUGGCGGUGUUUGUCAUUGGUCAGAGGAUGGAUGUAUGUGCUCUUCUUCACUCACUGGCACUGAUGGUUGUUCUAGCACGCCGUCGCAGGAAGGCCAUUGGAGAAGUGUGGAGAAAAUACUGCUGCUUCAUCACAGGCUUUAUUGUUCUGCAGUAUAUGCUGUGUAUUGGCCUUCCGCCAGCGCUCUGUGUCGAUUAUAUCUGGAGGACGUCAUCUUCUGCUUUGAGUUCUAAUCUGAUCAAGUGGUUAUAUCUACCAGACUACGCCAUGACACCAGACGCCACCUUUAUCUUCUAUGACUUUCAGCUGUUGUUGGUAGCUUCUCUGCAGUUGCAGGUGUUUCUAGAUGAAAAUCAGGCUCACAUUAGACUCCUGGCAGGAGAGAACGUGGAGAUCAGCCAAAGUUUAAAUCCAUCAGCACUCAGUCAAUACUCGCCGGUCCAGAAUUUUCUGCAUUGCAGGUCGUGUCUGGACAUGGUGAAGGUGUUUCUCUUCAGUCAUUUCUUCUGGCUGGUUUUAUGUCUCAUCUUCAUCACCGGCACCACCAGGAUUAACAUCUUUUGUUUGGGUUAUCUGAUGGCUUGUUUUUACUUCAUGUUAUUUGGAGGAACAUUACUGCUGCAGCCGGUGAGACAUGUGCUCAGAUUAUGGGAUUGUCUGAUAGCGUACACCUGUGUGGUCAUCAGUCUGAAGAAUCUGCUCUCGUUGGGUUCUUGUGCGUAUCUGGAUGGGUUACAGGUUCACGGCUGUUGGCUCAUUCAGGCCUUCAGUAUGUUCUGCACCAUCAAUGGCUACAAUUUACCUAAAGCUGAUGGUGAGUGUGAACUGCCGGCGGGCGAAGCAGGAAUCAUCUGGGAUGCCAUCUGUUUCACUGGCUUACUGAUUCAGAGGAGAGUUUUUCUCAGUUAUUAUUUCCUCUAUGUGGUGUCUGACCUUCAGAUCUCAAAGAUUCUCGCUUCCAGAGGUGCGGAGCUGUUUGAAGCCAAAGUGAAGAAACGGGUGGAGGCCAGAUUAGAGAUGGAGAAGAAAUCCGUGGAGAUACUGAAGAAACAAAUGGAGAAAAUCAAGUCUAAACAGAAGAAAUCUUUUGAUGAGUCUUCAGAUCAGCCAAAGCAAAGCGAUGUUGGAGACUGUGGUUAUCAUCUCUUUCAGUCUGACAGUGAGGAGGAGGAAGAGGAGACACCGGACCAGACACGUGAAGACACUUCACCAAAGAAGAAAACUGCUUUUCAGUUGGCGUAUGAAGCCUGGGUGGCCGGAUCUAAAGCGGCUCUCAGAGAUCACCAGCGUCAAGAACAAACACAGGACACACAGCAGGACGGCAAAAGAAAGUUACACAGACAGAAGGGCUGUGAGAGAGAGGAGGAGGAGGAGGAGAAGCUCAGUUUUCAGGAAGUAGAAGAAGAACGAGAUCCCAUACUAAAGCGGACGCUGGAUGUGUUGAAGUUUCUCUGGGUUUUUCUCGUUUCUCUGACGGAGGAUAUAAUAUCAGGCCUGAAGUCUCUGUGCAAAGACAGUCUGGACAUCUCCAAGGUGCUUCGCUUCGAGAGAGCACUGCUGAGUCAGCAACAGAGGAAGGGUAAAGAUGUGACUCAUGACAGCAUUCAUCAGUUCUACAAAAACUGGCUGUCCAGACGAAACACAGAGGCGUCGCUGGACAUGAGCAAAGACAUGAGAGAGAAAAGCUCACCGUCUCCUCCAGCGCUGAGCGAUUCCAUCAAACUCAACAGUGUUUACUCAUGGCACAGCGGCAGUGUGUCCAGUUGUCAGACAGAUGAAACCGCUCUAAUGACACGUGAAUCGACUCUUGAUGAUGUGAACGCUCCAGAUUCAACUGUUGUCAUGAAAUCUACGGUUGACAUGACAAACACAGAUCAGACUCUCGAGGACGGAGACGUCGUGUCAGAAGAUCCCCACGACACACACGAGCGGAUGAAUGAUGACGUGAUGAGACAGGAGGAGUGGAGGAAUGAAGAGGAUCUGCAUGAGGAGAAGACGGAAGAGUCCAGAGUGCUCGGACAAGAGACCAGAGCUCUUACUGCCAGUGAACUACUGCUUAACAAGAUAUUUGAUAUUCCAGAGAUGGAGGAGUCAGAGAGUUUCUACUCUUCUUUGCCGUGUAGCGUGCGUCUGGUGUUUGCUCUUUACAACACGAUGGAGUCUCAGUCAGAGAUGUUUUGUUAUUUCGUGAUGAUCCUUAAUCACAUGGUGUCAGCUUCUCUUCUCUCACUCUUUCUGCCCAUCCUCAUCUUUCUGUGGGCCAUGCUGUCUGUUCCCCGACCCACCAAACGCUUCUGGAUGACCGCUAUCAUCUACACUCAGCUGACGGUUGUGGUGAAGUAUUUUUUUCAGUUUGGCUUUUUUCCAUGGACUUCUUCAGCGUAUCGUGGGAUAAAUGUGGAGCGAACGUUUGCGUUGCCCAACAUCAUUGGCAUUGAGAAGAAAGACGGUUACGUCCUGCUGGAUCUCAUUCAACUCAUCGUUCUCUUCUUCCAUCGCUCCAUCCUCAAGUGUCACGGCCUGUGGGACAACAAGGAGGUGGAGAUGCCAGACUUCUUUAAGAAGCUGAAGAAGAAAACAGAAAAGAACAAGAUGACCGGAGGAUCAAGGCGGCGAGAGGAGACCACGUCUGGACGGAGACGUCUGGCCAUCCUUCCACUGCAGUCGUCAUACACGUCUUUCUUUCAGAAACAGAGAGGAGAGAGCACAGAGAGACACGAUGAGAAGCUACACAAGAGAAGACGCUCGAAGAAGAAGCGUCAGGAGAAAGCGCCGCUCAGCAGAAAAGACCGAAUGAAACAAAUCAUAAACAACCGCAUGCUGGAGGCCAAAGCUGCCAUCAUAGAGUUUGCUCUACAUAUAUAUUUACCCAUAAGGCAGUUCUUCUAUGACAUCAUUCACCCCGAGUACAGUCCGGUGUGUGACGUGUACGCGCUGAUGUUUCUGGUGGAUGUGGCGAACUUCAUCGUCAUUAUAUUUGGAUACUGGGCUUUUGGAAAGCACAGUGUGGCGGCUGAUAUAACUGAGUCAUUAUGUGAAGAUCAGGUUCCUGAAGCGUUUCUGGUCAUGCUCUUGAUUCAGUUCAGCACAAUGAUCGUGGACCGAGCGCUCUAUCUGCGUAAAACUCUUCUGGGAAAGUGUGUUUUUCAGGUGGUGCUGGUGUUUGGUAUUCAUUUCUGGAUGUUCUUCAUUCUUCCCGGCGUCACAGAACGGAGAUUUAACAGGAAUCGAGUGGCUCAGCUCUGGUAUUUUGUCAAGUGUAUUUAUUUCGGUCUGUCGGCAUAUCAGAUCAAGUGUGGGUAUCCAAACAGAGUUCUUGGAAAUUUUCUCACCAAGAACCACAAUUACUUCAACCUGUUUUUAUUUCAGGGUUUCCGGAUCGUUCCCUUCUUGACGGAGUUACGGGCCGUGAUGGAUUGGGUCUGGACAGACACGACUCUCAGUUUGUCUAACUGGAUCUGUGUGGAGGACAUCCAUGCCAAUAUCUUCAUCCUGAAGUGCUGGAGAGAAGCAGAGAAGAAAUAUCCUCACAGACCCGGACAGAAGAAGAAGAUGCUGGUGAAAUACACCCUGGGCGGCUUCAUCAUUUUCGCUCUCAUCUGCAUCGUCUGGUUUCCUCUUCUCUUCAUGUCAAUGGUCAAAUCUGUUACGGGAGUAACCAAUCAGCCGUUAGAUGUGUCUAUCCAGCUAAGCAUUCUGGGAUAUGAGCCGUUAUUCACCAUGAGCGCUCAGGAGCAGAACUUGAUCCCAUUCUCUCAAUCAGCUUUCCAGAAGAUGACCAAUCACUUCGCAACCCAUCCGUCAGCGAUGCAGUUCAUUGUGAACUAUAUGCCAGAGGACGUUGUGAUGGCAAAGGUCAAAAGUGAUGCCAGUUUACUGUGGAGCAUCAGUCCGGCCAGCAAACAAGCCAUGAUCCAUGAACUUAACAACUCCACGCACUUCUACAUCACACUGCGAUGGACUUUACUACGAAAUGUGUCUCUGGUGAUGAACGAGGAGGCGGUUGGUGAACGAACGGUGAAAUAUGAAGACGUGACGCUGAAACAAGAGCUGGUGUCCAUGCUGAGAGGAACACAGAGCCGUCCGCUCAUGCUGGAAAACCUGCUGCCAAAAUACAUCCGAGGAUCAGCCGGACCGAACGCUAAACUGGCACAUCGACUCUAUCUGGAACAUUCCAGACACUCUGAUGAGCUUCAUCUGCAGUUCUUCCGUCCUCUGUCCGUCAAACUGCAGCGGGCCAAUGAGAGCUCUUCAGAGGCGGGUCAGCAGUGGUGGGUGGUGAAGGAAUGUUCUCUCAGCACGUGUCACAGCAUUGAGCUGGUGUUGUUCAAUGAUAAAGUCAGCCCGUCCAGCGUGGGCUUUCUGGCCGGAUACGGAAUCGUGGGUAUGUACAUGUCUGUGGUUCUGGUCAUCGGUAAGUUUGUGCGCGAGUUCUUCACGGGAAUAUCUCGAUCCAUCAUGUACGAGGAGCUGCCGUGUGUGGACCGCGUGCUGAAACUGUGUAAUGAUAUUUUCAUCGUGAGAGAGACGGGUGAAAUGGAGAUGGAGGAGCAGCUGUUUGACAAGCUCAUAUUCCUGUAUCGCUCACCAGAGACCAUGAUCAAAAUGACACGCGAGAAGAAACAGCUGUAGAUUUCAACCUGCGCACACAUGAGCGCUGAACAAAUGAUCCCGUGAGGUGUUUUCAAGAAAAGACACAACGACGCUGAACUUUCCUCAGUAACGUUACAAUGCAUGUGUUCUGUACUCGCUGUCAUCACGUGAAACACAUUACCUGUCAUUUGUGUGUCAUUCCUGUAGCAUGCAGAUAGAUUUCAUUCUCACAAAGCA